AUGAUCUAUAAUUCUAUAGAGGUGGCGAUGUCUGAAACCCGUUUUGUUCAGUUCAAGUUGGUGCUUCUAGGAGAAUCUGCCGUCGGAAAAUCUUCGAUCGUGCACAGAUUUGUCAAAAAUACCUUUGAUGACAUGAGAGAAUCGACCAUUGGGGCCGCCUUCUUAACUCAAACCAUCAAUUUGCCGGAGGCUAAUACAACAGUCAAGUUCGAGAUUUGGGACACAGCAGGCCAAGAGAGAUACAAGAGCUUGGCCCCGAUGUAUUACCGCAAUGCAAAUGCUGCUCUAUGUGUGUAUGACAUUACGAGCAGAUCCUCAUUCAACAAGGCACAGGAUUGGAUCGAGGAAUUGAAGAAGCAAGCACCGGAAGGAAUUGUGGUGGCGUUGGUUGGAAAUAAAGCUGAUUUGUCCCACGAAAGAGAGGUUGACGAAUCGGAAAUUGUAGAGUACAUUGAACGCUUGAAGCAAGAGAGCGCUGCUGAAGGUGGCAGAGAGAUUAUCCACAUGGAAUGUUCUGCAAAGUCCGGCGACGGCGUUUUGGAAGUCUUCGAUGCGAUUGCAAGAGCUUUGCCCUUAGAAGAUUCGGGCGCUAAAAGAAAUCCACCGGUUGGAAAGCGUGUUGAGUUGGGCAGAAAGCAGCAGCAACAACUGCAAAGCUGUUGCUGA